AUGGACAAUGUAGCCUUUCUGAUCACUGUGUCCGUCGCCUAUGCCUCUCUGAUUUGGUUCCUUCCUGUGCCGAUCGUUUUCAACUGGAAGCAUCUUUUCCCCGGACCACCGUCGCACUCCGCAACAGAUGCAACUGUGCAAGCACGGCUGCAAGAGCACAAGAAGAACUGGCCGGAUUGGAUUCCGGUGUUCACAAGAAGUGGUGAAGCCUAUUUCUUGGUCUGGAGCGCGCUGCGUUUAGGUUUCCCAGCAGCAUGGACGAAGCCAACAUACGAAGACUUGCACCUCUGGAGCCUCCUGACCGUCUUGGUUGCAUUUCGAUGGUCCUGCCGCCCUGCUGUAGAACGUUCUCUAUGGGAACGCAGGCUAGUGUCCACGGCCUUCUCCAUAGCCUUCUCAAUUUCUCAGGUGGAUAUGCCAAGGCAGAUUGGGCACGCCAAUGGCGUGGCCUAUGUUGGUAUCUCGUUAUUUAUUGGAGAUCCCUGGUUUGGUCUCGCUGCGUAUGCAGCGUGCUGUCCACUCAAGUUGGUGCUUGCAAAUCGCAGCACGGUUUUCACGGGGGGGGUUGAGAUCGAGCUUGUCAAGGAGCUUCUGUGGUGCGUGACAAGCGAUGUUGUAACAUGUAUUUUCGUCUUUUCCAUCUUGCAGCACAUCGACAUUCUUCUCAGCAAUGUACUCCAGACCACGGUCGAUUUGGAGCACCAGAUUCGUGAGACGGAGAAGAGCAUGCAGGAGAGGGGUCACCUGCUGUCGGCCACGCGGCGCCUUCUUUCUGUUACCUGUGAUUGCUGCGAACAGCUCUCUGACAGUUUCGAAGUGAUGCAACCUUCUCAAAAUGUCUUGGCCUUGUUACACAUCAAGAACCCCGAAGAAGACUCACAGAUUGAGCCGGGCAUUUCGUCCUUGCCUUUGCGGCAGUAUAUCUGUGAUGAUGACCAGGAACGCUUUGCGCAGUUCAUGACUGCCUCCCAUGAGUCCCAAGCAGCUUCAUCGCUGCACCUCUGCAUGCGAACAUGCUCAGGAAGCCCCUUCGAGGCCCAGAUCUUCCAUGUGAAGAUCCCUGAAACCAAUCGGCCCCACCUCAUCGGCAUCAAGUCCGCCGUCGCUGAGAUGACCAGCAUACCCGAGCAUUCCGUCCUAGAAGCCCAGAGGGGGCCGAAAGGGCGCGUGGCUGCCGGUGGACCGGCCCGGGACCGGGUGCGAAGCAUCCCGCGGAGUCGCCGCUCCCAGGGUAGCGCGAGCUCGAGGAGCUCUGGCUCGGCGGGAGACCAGGUCGGAGGGCUAAAGGUCGCCGAGAUGGUUCUCACGGUGAGCCCGUCGGAGGCCUACGAAGUGGAGUCGCUCCAGGUCUCCUUCUGCCCCGGAGGAGCAAAGCUGACGAGUUGGAUCAGCACGAGGAGCGCAUGCCUUGUGGAAGGUUUCCUCCAGCAUCACCUGAACUGCUGGCAGCACUCUGAGCAGUCGAUCGAGACAUGCAAGAAGGUGCAUUUCAGGGAUGCUGAAGUCCCGGUGUGCUUUAAAGCCGGUGAAAUGUCGGUGGCAGAGAUUUGUGAGGCCGAAACUGGCGAGGAUCUUCCACGCUCCAUGCGUUUGUUGCUCAGAAGCAUAUCUCACCGGCAGAGUACUCCAUCCUGA